AUCGAUUGGUACGUCACGAAUUACUCGCGCGUAGGGCGUGUAAACAGUCGCCACGCUAGUUAUUAAUUAUCUUUUUAUUGUUCUUCUUCGUGACCGUCGUCGUUAGGGCCGCAUUUACACGUAAGCCGCAGUUUAGGGCCUGGCUUUAAGAGUCUAUAGCUUAGUGGAGGGGAAGGGCCUGUUAUUUGUUAUAGCUGAGGGUCCAUCCACGCGAUCGUCGCGUAUGUAACGCGGCACAAAUAGGGCAAUUUCCGUUUAAAUUUGCCCACCCCCAAAACACCUUAAUUAGUACGAAGUUUAGAGUAGUUUACUUUCAAAAAAAUUCUCUUUCCACUUAACUAAAUAUGGUAUUGAUUAUUAUACUAAAACAAAGGUUUCAUUCACCGAUUUCUGCUAAAUUUUACUGACGUAACGAAACGUUUUAGUCCCACGUCUUCCUGAAUUCUUGACUCUUAACAUCAACACAUCCGACUUUAUAACUGUGACGUGUUUUGAUAAUCCACAUCUCGAUUGUCUACAUUCUUAGUUAAAGAAGGUGGAAUAAAUCGACCUUUCUGCUAAUUGUGUUUUCUGGAUGAAUUUUGCGUUCGUGCCUACACAAUAAGGGGGAAUCGAGAUGGAGGAUGGUCGAGAAAUUGUUGGAAAUCACGAAGAAAUUCCAGAGUCGGUCGAAAAUUCCUUAGAUAGGGUGGAAGAGAGGGUGGACUACGUCAUGAUUCCUAGAGUUUACAGCGAACAGAUCACUAUCACCCCUCGAGGACCUUUAGAAAAGAUAAACGUCCUUUCCACUUGUACGUACAGUAGCAGUCGGAGUUACAAAAAUUCCGUGUUGUACACGCCACGUAUCGUACCGAUACACUAUUACAAUAGCGUUUACGUAAACGAUACGGAUGUAAUUUAUACGGAUUGCGUGUAUUUUAAAACGUUAAUGAAACCGAAAAAUUAUGCCGAGACCGUAUACAACCAUUCCAAAUGUCGUACGUCGCGUUACUGUACCACUCUGACACGUUGGAACGAUUAUAAAAGCAAGUGGUACGUACAGGGUCUCGAGAUCGUUCCCGGUACACGUUUAAUACCUCGAAAAAGUACCGUUCAGCACAUGUACAACGGUAAACUAGAUGACGAAAUUCCAAACGGGGUGUUAUCUAGUACGGAACAAGAAAUAACUGUGAUGUAAACCAGUUAAGAAAAACAAGCUGUCCGCAUGUUCAUCUGUAAAGUAUAUAAACAAUAUAUUCUUAAGUAAUGUUAAAAAUGUAUUGUAAAUAUUUUUAAUUGUUAUUUUAAUCGAGUACUUUAUAUAUUUAAGAGUUUUUGUUUUAAUAUUAAUACUUUUGUAUACAGUUAAUAAAAUUAUAUUUUAAUACUCAGACCGUCACUUUGUACAAUA